GUGUUGCUUUCCUGCGGAAGUGACAGUACACUCAGCACCGUAGAAGCAAACAACUCACUGAUUAAGGUUUUGUGAUCAGUACGAACAAGUUGUGAACAUACAGACCACAGUUUAUGUUUGUCCUGUGACGUGUUGAUUGUGAGCACAAGGAGAAGAAGAUGGGCCGUAAAGUGACCUUGUCAACAUGCUCUUUAAAUCAGUGGGUUCUGGACUUUGAAGGCAACACGGAGAGAAUAUUGAAGAGUAUCGAGGUAGCAAAGGCAAAUGGAGCCAAAUAUCGGCUGGGUCCAGAGCUGGAGAUAUGUGGGUAUGGCUGUGCAGACCACUUCUAUGAGUCAGACACGCUGCUUCAUAGCUUUCAGGUCCUGAAGACUCUUCUGGAAUCCCCGGUUACCCAGGACAUCAUCUGUGAUGUGGGAAUGCCUAUCAUGCAUCAUAAUGUGCGCUACAACUGCCGUGUCAUCUUUCUGAACAGAAAAAUUCUGCUAAUCAGACCUAAGAUGCUGAUGGCCAAUUCUGGCACCUACAGAGAGAUGCGUUGGUUCUCACCUUGGAGUCGGUUAAGACAGGUGGAAGAGUAUUUCCUGCCCAGAAUGAUCCAGGAAGUAACCGGCCAGGACACUGUCCCAUUUGGGGAUUGUGUGCUCUCCACUAAGGACACCUGUAUUGGCACGGAAAUUUGUGCAGAGCUCUGGAAUCCCAACAGCCCUCAUAUUCAGAUGGGGCUGGAUGGUGUUGAAAUCUUCACCAACUCUUCUGCCAGCCACCAUGAGCUCCGUAAAGCCGACCAAAGAGUCAACCUCAUCAAGACAGCCACCACCAAGAGUGGAGGGAUCUACCUGUAUGCCAAUCAGAGGGGCUGUGAUGGAGACCGGCUGUACUAUGACGGCUGUGCCAUGGUGGCUAUCAAUGGAGAAGUCGUAGCUUGUGGAGCACAGUUUUCCCUUGAUGAUGUGGAAGUGAUUACAGCCACUCUGGAUCUGGAGGACGUUCGCAGUUACAGAGGAGAACUCUGCCAGCCACUCAUGGAAGGACAACAGAAACCUUGCUAUAGGAUCAAAGUAGAUUUUUCUUUAUCGAGCUCUAAUGAUGUCUACCUCCCCACACACCAACCAAUACAGUGGAUGUUUCAUACACCAGAGGAAGAAAUCAGUCUAGGGCCAGCAUGUUGGCUGUGGGACUACCUGAGGAGAAGUGGUCAGGGUGGUUUCCUUUUGCCUCUGAGCGGCGGCAUCGACAGCUCCUCCACUGCCUGUAUCGUCCACUCUAUGUGUGUGCUGCUCUGCCAGGCUGUGGAAGACAGCAACGGCGAGGUGCUGAAGGAUGUUCGCAGAGUGGUUGGAGAUGACUCCUACACACCGCAGAACCCAAAGGAGUUGUGUGCUCGCCUGUUUACCACCUGUUACAUGGCCAGUGAAAAUUCCUCCCAGGAUACAUGCAGCAGAGCCAGGGACCUGGCUGGGGAGAUUGGAAGCACACAUGUGAAUAUUAACAUAGAUGUGGCUGUCAAAGGCAUUCUGGGUAUCUUUUCAGUGGUAACUGGACGGUGGCCGCAGUUUCGUGCAAAUGGUGGAAGCAACAGAGAGAACCUGGCUCUGCAGAAUGUGCAGGCCCGUGUCAGGAUGGUCUUGGCCUAUCUUUUUGCCCAGCUGAGUUUGUGGGCUCGUGGUAGGCCUGGAGGACUGCUAGUUUUGGGCUCAGCCAACGUCGAUGAGAGCCUUACAGGAUAUUUCACCAAGUAUGACUGCUCCAGUGCAGACAUAAACCCCAUUGGUGGAAUCAGCAAGAUGGAUUUGAAGAGCUUCCUUGCUUACUGUGCAGAGCAGUUCCAGCUUACCGCUUUGAGAGGCAUCCUGGCUGCUCCCCCCACUGCUGAACUGGAGCCUCUGAAGGACGGACAGCUGUCCCAGACAGAUGAGUCAGACAUGGGAAUGAUGUAUUCUGAGUUAUCAGUGAUUGGAAGGCUGCGGAAGAUCUCAAAGUGUGGACCCUUCAGUAUGUUCUGUAAGCUCAUUCAUCUGUGGAGGGAUGUCCUUUCACCUACUCAGGUGGCCCAGAAGGUGAAGCACUUCUUCAGGAUGUACUCGGUGAACCGCCACAAGAUGACCACAGUGACUCCUUCCUACCAUGCUGAGAGCUACAGUCCUGAUGACAACCGCUUUGACCUUCGACCUUUCCUCUACAACACACACUGGAACUGGCAGUUCCAGUGUAUUGAUAACCAGAUUUCCCAAAUGCCAGCAAGCCCAGACAACGGGGACCAGGGAAGGCUUGAAGAGUAGCAAAACCCCACAGUCCUGUUCUCUCUCUCCAGGGCGUGUUUGCAUCUCUGCAGUGGCUCAAAUCCAAAACAACCUCCAGCUGUUUCAAAAGUUCAGGAGCUCACCAUGCCUGAAAACAUUAAAAAUGUGUUAAACAUUUUAAUGACAAAUGUCAUUGGAUUUUCAUCAGAGAUAUAUCCUGCUUACUUCUGUUCUAAACCAAAGCAAUGCCACCAGACGGCUAACUAUAAAGACCCGGGUAGCUUUUGCAUCUGGUAUCCAUCAGUGUCUUCCAUGAUAGCACACACAGAGCCAUGUCAGGUUAUGGUUCUGAAGCAUUUUCUAUAUCUUAAACUGUUAUUACUCAGAUGCUACCACAUCUUAGAUUCAUCCCACUGUUAUCUUGUUGAUUUUUUUCAGCUACACAACUCUUGAUGAGCUUUAAUAAUGCAGUAUAACGUACUGCAUUAUUGAUGUAAUUAUCCUGAAAUUAUGCUUUUUAUUUACAACUGAAAUUAAAGUUACAGUUACCACUGAUGGAAACCUUCUGCGUUCUCACUCUGCUACACUCAGAACUGGGUUGGUUUGAGCCGUUCUAGUUCCACUUUUCCAUUGACUGGUGCUUUGAUGUGUGCCUUUGGUUAUAACGCAAUCCAAUGAGCAACAUUGAUGCAUUGAUCAUUUGACUGCAUUGUUUUCUUUUCUCAUGCUGGAGCCUGUGCUUCUGCUGUUCUGUGUAAAUUCUCUGUAGGGAAAUAUUCCCUACAGAUAAUAUUAAUAUACUCUCUGUAGGUGCACUGUGCAAAAGAACCAGAAGGUAAUAUUACGUAAAUAGUUCAUUUUCUGACAUACUAGCAUCAACUCUGUGUUAAUGUUAAGUUUAUUUAUAGCACUUUUACCCUCACCAAAGUGUUGUACAAGGACACGUAAGAAAAAUAUAAAAUCACAAAGUUUAUCUAGAAUCUAAAAAUAAAACUAAAUCAUCCCAAUAGAAACCUUACAGUAUCAGACCUCAAUUGAAUGCCAACAAAUACAAUUUCUAAGAAGUUAUUUAAAAUGACCCAGACUGUGGGCAGAUCUGCCCAUAUUAAAAUCCUAUAAAAAUAUGAAAUCCUAUAAAAAGUCUUGUAACCAUUAAAACUGGGGAUAUUUUGGGAUAUUUUUAGGAGACUUGUUGUAGCUGUUGAAUUUGUAAUAUGCAUGCAGAUGUGCUAAAUAAAUCUCCUCCUGGUUGGCCUGAUCAGAGAAGAGCAAAUAUGA